UACCAACGCGCGCACCGGAGCUUUGCACACGUAUACGGGGCAAUAUCUCCGGCCAUGGCGCUGCUCCAACGCCUCCUCGUCGCGCUCCUCCGCGUCCUCGUCGCCGGAGAGCACGCCGCCGGCGACGCCAUGCCGUCGCCGGCGUCCGGCGGCGGUGGCGCCGCCGUUAACGUUGAAGCGCGGUACGCGCGCGUGUUCUGCUUCGGCAACUCGCUCACCGACACCGGCAACAACCCCCUCCUCCCGGCCACCGCCGGCGGGCCGUCCACCAGCCCGCCGUACGGGAUGACCUUCUUCCACCGCCCCACCGGCCGCUCCUCCGACGGCCGCCUCCUCAUCGACUUCAUCGUGAAGGCGCUGAGGGCGCCGCAGCCGACGCCGUACCUCGCCGGCAAGACGGCGGCGGAUUUGCUGGCCGGGACGAACUUCGCGGUGGGCGGCGCGACGGCGCUCGAGCCGGCGGUGCUCGCGAGAAUGGGCAUCGUGUCGGCGGUGCCGGUGUCUCUCAGCAACGAGACGCGCUGGUUCCAGGAUGCCUUGCAGCUUCUUGCUUCCUCCAUCAACGCGAGGCGCAGGAUCGCCGAGACGUCGCUCUUCUUCUUCGGAGAGAUCGGAGUCAACGACUACUUCCUCGCCUUGGCUAGCAACCACACCGUCGAACAGGCGGCGGCGACCUUGGUCCCAGACAUCGUCGGCGUCAUUCGAUCAGCCGUGAUCGACGCCAUCGUCGCCGGAGCAAGAACGGUGGUGAUCACCGGGAUGAUACCGCUGGGCUGCGAGCCGCAGCUGCUCGCCCUGUUCCCCGCGGGCUCCGCCGCCGACUACGACCCGGACACCGGCUGCAAUGCGCGGUUCAACAAGCUCGCCGAGGUGCACAACCGCGAGCUGACCCGGAUGCUCCGGCAGCUCCGGCGCGCGUUCCCCGCCGCCGCCGUCCACUACGCCGACUUCUACCGCCCCGUCACCGCCAUCAUCGCCUCUCCGGCCAAAUACGGUUUCGGCGACACGCCGUUGGCGGCGUGCUGUGGCGGCGGCGGCAACCCCUACAACUUCGACUUCGCGGCGUUCUGCACCUUGCGGGCGUCGACGCUGUGCGCCGAUCCAUCCAAGUACGUCUCCUGGGACGGGAUCCAUUACACGGAAGCGGUGAACAAGUUCGUGGCUCGUUCCAUGCUAAGGAGAGCCCUAAUACCGAUGCCCAAACCCAAUCCGUCCUUGUCUAUGCCGUUAUCAAGUUCACGCGAACAUACAGGACAAGAAACCAGCCGGGAGCUCGCUACAUAAUGAACUAUUUGUAUGGCAUACAAACAUGUGUAGCACAGAUUUUCCAUGCUUUGAUAAUAAAGAGAGUAAAUAUUCACGAAACUCUCUCUCUAUAUAUAUAGACACUGCGUACAAAUUAUCAUACAAGAUUUAUGGGCAUGUGUGGUACGAUAAUGUUAUAACUGUCUUUAGGCCUGUAUUCCACUUAAAUUUCUUAUUAUCCAUCAAGUUACCAUUUGUAAUUCAUAGUCAUUGAACAACAAAUUGUAUAGUA